AUGGUACACGCGCCUUCGUGGCACGCCCGCAAAGGCUCUCGCUCUUCAGUUGUGUCGCGUCGACAGUCCCUCAUUGAGCGGUAUGCGAGACCGGACAGCCGGGCCUCUGAACCUAUACUCUUUGAGGAAGACGAGGACGCGGGAGAGCUGUCUCGCGACGACACACUCCGGGUCCUGCGCCCGACCUCGUCCUUGUCACACACCGCUCCUCUGAGCCCCUCGCCGCCUUCGCCCAUACAUGCGAUCGCGACGCCCCGCCCGACGUUGCUCUUUGCGCUUGCGAGUGACAAUGUCGACGAGGUGAAGCGCGUCCUGGACAGUGGCGAGGUGGGUCCGAACGAUGAUGUCGGCCCGCAGAGCGCACUUGCGUUCACGCUCACGGCUCGGCAGCUCAAACAUAGGCAAGAGAUGGUGAAGCUCCUACUGGCGCACGGUGCAGACCCCGUUGCAGCGAAGCAGACCAUCAUACCCAGCCGACCAACCAGCGCAGGCUCAGGCGAGGCUAGCAGCGAGCCACUGCCGGAUCCGCUCGAGGAGCUGGACCACGCGACGAAGUACUAUAUCAAACGCGCGGAGGCGCCGCAGACGCGCCGCGCAUCCGCACUCAUCCACCGCUCGUUCUUCCGACCUCUCGCUCGUGUACGAUACGAUCUGAUUGGGCAGGACCGCGCCCUCGAGCAGCUGUUCCGCGUGCUCAGCAUGCCGACCAUGGCGCCCGUCAUAGUCCUGCUCUGCGGCCCUAGCGGCCACGGGAAGAGCCUGCUGGCGCGCAAGUUCGGCUCGCUGCUGGAGGUGCCCACGCAUACUGUGAAUAUGACUACGCUUCGUGAUACACAUGAUAUAUGGCGAAGUUAUUCGAUGAGCCCCUAUGAGGCUCCAUCGACUUGUACACUGGCAGAUUUCCUCAUCGCCAACGAAGGUCGGCGUUGUGUCGUCGUAUUGGAUGAAAUCGAGAAGUCGCCCGACGAGAAGGCUUUGAGCUCGCUGCUUAUGCCAUGGGAACUUGGUCGCUGCUCGUUCGAAGCUGGCCACCGACAUGUAGAUGUCUCGCAGGUCAUCUGGCUUGGGACGUCGAACAUCGGGCAUGACCUGGUGUUCGAACACCAAGAGAAGCGGCAGGACCCUGAGGCGCCGAUGUCGCGCGAAGACUACGUUGACCUCAUGGGCUUGCUGCGACCUUGCGUCUCCCAGCGACUAGGGGCCUCAUUGCUCUCUCGGGUCACGACUGUGCUCCCUUUCAUCCCGUUCACGACCGAGGAAAAGAUGGCAAUUGCAGCGGAAGCGUUGCACUCCUUGACUAGCGAGGAGACAGAGUUGCCACCUGCGACGAUCGACAUGAUUGUGCGGAACUCGCUGAGCGCGUACAUCCCGGCAGAAGGCGCUAGGUCUCUCUACCGUGCUGUAUCUAACUUGCUGCUAGAUACCAUCUGA